AUGCAGAUCUUUGUUAAAACCCUAACUGGGAAAACGAUCACUCUCGAAGUCGAGCUCAUUUAUGCUGGAAAGCAGCUUGGAGAUGAUAAAACAGCUAAAGAUUAUAAUAUUGAGGGUGGCUCUGUACUUCAUCUUGUGCUUGCACUGAGGGGCGGUAGGCACUAAAUAAUGCCUUCUGAUGUUAGGAAAAUAAACUUAUCAAGCCUUUUGUUUACAUAAUAGUUUGUGACGAAUAGCCGAGUUACAUGUACUGUGUGGGAAACCAGGAAACUUGUGGUAAAACGUAUUUAAUCAGCAAUGCUGUUCAUUUGCUUCAUUUUGUACCCUUGUCGUGGGGCAUUGAUUUAAUGCAAGUUUCAUUACCUUUUUUUAUUUAUUUAUUAUUUUAGUUGAACUGUUUA